AUGAUGUACGGAUCGGAGACUUGGGCAGCACCAUCAACGGUUAUGGAGAGGUUUGACUGCGCGGAUCGAAAGCUGUUUAGACGGCUACUUGGCUACUUUUGGUCUAGGGUAUGCCACAAUAAAGAUCUUUACACAGAAAUUGAUGUGGUAUACCGGCGGAUGACAAGUGGAAGACAUCAACAUCUUGCACCACCAUCGAAAGUGGCUAAAGUAAAUCGUCAUCGCUUCUUUGGUCAUAUAUUAAGGAGACCGGCGGAUCGCCUUGUUCAACGAGUUCUGAGGAGUUCGUCGGGUUCGAGCUGGAAGAAGCCACCUGGCCGAAAACGGAAGUUCUGGAUUGAGGUGGUGAAAGAGGACUUGAGGUGA